CACUCUUCACAAUCACAUAACAACCAUAAAACACCAUUACUAAUAACAAAAGAAAAAUAUAGAAAUGGCGAAAGACGUGGAAGGACCUGAAGGAUUUCAGACAAGGGACUACGAAGACCCGCCGCCAACUCCGUUUUUCGAUGCGGAUGAGCUUACCAAGUGGUCUUUGUACAGAGCCGUCAUAGCUGAGUUCGUAGCUACUCUCCUCUUCUUGUACGUCACUGUUUUGACUGUUAUCGGCUACAAGAUUCAGUCUGACACAACCGCCGGUGGAGUUGACUGCGGCGGUGUCGGAAUCCUCGGUAUCGCUUGGGCUUUUGGUGGCAUGAUCUUCAUUCUUGUCUACUGCACCGCCGGUAUCUCAGGUGGCCACAUUAACCCCGCGGUUACCUUCGGAUUGUUCUUGGCCCGUAAGGUAUCUUUGAUUAGAGCGGUUCUCUACAUGGUGGCUCAGUGUUUGGGUGCUAUUUGUGGAGUUGGGUUCGUUAAGGCUUUUCAAAGCUCUUACUAUGUUCGUUACGGUGGAGGAGCUAACUCUCUAGCCGACGGCUACAACACAGGCACUGGACUAGCCGCAGAGAUCAUCGGAACAUUCGUCCUUGUCUACACGGUGUUCUCCGCCACUGAUCCCAAACGAAACGCUAGAGACUCCCACGUUCCCGUGUUGGCGCCACUUCCAAUUGGGUUUGCGGUGUUCAUGGUACACUUAGCCACUAUUCCCAUCACCGGAACAGGUAUUAACCCAGCCAGGAGUUUCGGAGCCGCUGUAAUCUUCAACGAGAGCAAGCCAUGGGAUGACCACUGGAUAUUCUGGGUCGGACCAUUCAUUGGAGCUGCAAUUGCUGCAAUUUACCACCAAUUUGUUCUAAGGGCAUCAGGUUCCAAGUCCCUCGGAUCCUUCAGAAGUGCAGCCAACGUUUGAACUGAGCCACAUAAACAACAAUCAUAAUAACAACAAUUAUAAAAAUGGUUGUGUUAUUAUGCUAUGUACAAAAAAUUGCAAACUUUGCUUUUUAAAACUAUGCCCUAUUUUCUUCUUUGUGUAUUUCUGUUUUUAAUUGUGGUGUAAGACUUUGAUAUGUGCCAAUGCCAAUGUUUGUGUACUCGGGCAAAAACAAUGAAUGAAACCAAAUUGUUUUGGUCCA